UUGAAAUCGCGGUAUUCGCUAAGUAGGAAAGCCAAGAAGAUUGCUCAGCGUGUACUUGAUCUCAAACUAGGCGAAGAAUUGAGCAAUAAUGUUGCCAAUCCUCAACAGCUAGGGUUAAUAAUCUCUAGUGAAGGUUUUAAGGGUUUUGAAUCCAGAAAAGAUGUCAUGAGUGAUGUGCUUAGUUCUUUGAGGAAUGAAAAGACAAGAAUAAUUGGGAUUUGCGGGAUGGGAGGUGUGGGUAAAACCACAAUGGUGAGAGAAAUCAUCAAGAGAUUAGAAGGAAUGAGUUUGUUUGAUGAUGUUGUGAUAACAACUAUCUCCGCAGCUGUAAACAUUAGGACAAUUCAAACUGACAUUGCAGAUUCACUGGGUAUGAAAUUUGUCGAGGAAAGUGAAUCUAGAAGAGCACCAAGUCUACAUGAGAGAAUCAAGCAGAGUAAAAGAAUCCUGAUUAUAUUAGAUGAUGUAUGGCCAGAGCUUAAAUUACAGGAUGUAGGAAUCCCUUUUGGUGUUGGACCUACAACUAAUGAAGUUUAUAAAGGAUGCAAAAUUUUGUUGAAAUCUCAGAAUGAAGAAGUUUGUAAAGUAAUGGGGUGUAAAGACAUUUUUAAAGUCCAAGCCUUAAAUAAAGAAGAAGCAUGGGAGCUUUUCAGGGCGACUGUAGGUGAAUCCUUGGACAAUAAUCAUGAUUUGUCGCAUGUUGCAAAAUUGAUUGUUGAUGAAUGCAAAGGUUUACCCAUCGCUAUCAUAACUGUUGGGAAGGCUCUUCUACCAAGUAAUGGCAAGCAUGAAUGGAAUACUGCCUUGCAAGAACUGAAAAAUUCCCUCCCUGAAAACAUCACUGGAAUGGAACGUGAGGUUUAUUCUUGCAUAAAAUUGAGUUAUGAUAAAUUGGAUAGUGAUGAAGUCAAGUCAUGCUUUUUACUUUGUUGCUUAUUUCCAGAAGAUUAUGAUGUUCCGAUUGAGUAUUUGGUGAGGUAUGGGUUGGGGCGAGCAACUUUUAGAAACACCAACACAGUCAAAGAUGUAAGAGACAAAGUGCAUUCUUUUGUUGAAAAAUUAAAAAGAAGAUUUUUGUUGCUGGAUAGUGAAAAGGAAGAAUGUAUCAAAAUGCAUGACGUAGUUCGUGAUGUUGCUAUAUCAAUUUCCUCAAAAGAUCCUCACAGAUUUAUGGUAAGAUCGUUUGAUGCGAAAGGUGAAGGUGGAGGAUGGCUAGGAGUACAAAAAGUUACAAACCAAGAACAUUGUAGUGCAAUUUCGUUAAUUGAUGUUACAUUGGAUGAAAAUAUUACUAAUGGUUUGGAGUGCCCAAAACUUGAGCUUCUGCAACUGAAAAAUUCCUCCAGUAGUUCCGAAUAUUCCAACCAUUUUAAAGGGUUGAGAGAACUCAAGGUUUUAGCUUUAUUGGGGAUGGAUAUGUCAGGUUACUUGGCCUCGAAAAGAUCUCUACCGCUUGGAGAACCCAAGUACCUUCAUACCUUGUGUCUAUAGGAUUGCAAAUUGAGAGACAUAUCUCAUGUUAUUGGAAGAUUGGAGAGUUUGGAGAUCCUCAGCUUUGCUCGCUCUAAAAUCAGUAAGUUACCUAUAGAAAUCGGACAUCUUCAACGGUUAAGGAUGCUAGAUGCAACAGAUUGUAAAGGACUUGAAGAAAUUCCUCAUGGUGUCUUAUCCAACUUGAGGAGAUUAGAAGAGUUGUACUUGGCCGAAAGCUUUCUCAAUUGGGGGCAAGCAAUAUAAAGCAAGGAUGAAACGAGUAUGGCAAGCCUUGAUGAGGUGAUGUCUCUGUCUGAUCAUUUAAAUGUCGUAGCCAUAAAAAUCCCUGAUGUUCAGAUGUUGCGAAAUGAUGAGUUUCUUUUAAAAAGCCAACCUAUAAGAUUUCAUGUAUCUAUCAAUAUUAGUUGGUCAUACAGAAAAGAUAGUUUCAAGAAUCGAAUGCCUGGUUAUCUAUUCGAAAAUAGUUUGAUGCUUCGUGGUGAUGUAAAGGAAUAUUUGGAGAUUGGAGCAGUUAGAUACUUCUUGAAGCAAUCUGAAGACUUACGCCUAUACCACACAUACAAUUUAAAGUAUGUCAUUGAGGAGUUAGAUGAUGAAGGGGGCUUUCAACACUUGAAAGUGUUAUCAAUCAUGUAUGACAACAACAUAGAGUAUCUUAUGAAUGGAACAGAUUGGACUCGUCGUCGUCAACCUGCCUUCCCCAUCUUAAAGUCAGCUACCUUCAACAAUGUUUACAAACUAAAAGUUGUGUGUCGUGACAAACUGCCAGACAAGCACUCCUUUAUGAACCUAAGAUCCAUUGCAAUUGACAAUUGUGAUGAGUUAAAAUAUGUAUGUUCACUAUCCAUAGCACAAAACUUGGUACAACUUCAAAGCUUAAAGGUUGAAUAUUGUGCUAAAGUGGAAGAGAUCAUAUCAAAGGAGAGAAUGGAAGAUGAUGAUGCAUCUCACAGGAUAACUUUCCCAAGAUUAACUGUUUUGGAGUUUUCUUAUCUACGAAAGCUUCAUGGUUUCUACACGGGAAACCAAAGGGACUCCGCCUAUGAGAUUAUAAAGCCCAAUGAUAAAAGUGUGAACAAGAUGAAAGAGACUAGGAAUGACAAUCAAGUUGCUGGGUCGACCUCGUUUAAAUCAAAAGUAGCACAAGUGAGAGCAAGUUGUAAUGCACUAUUUCCUUCAAAUUGCAUUUCAUGAUUACCAAAUCUAGAGGAGCUAGAAAUGGUCUCUUUGAGAAGAGAGCAACAAUCAGAGGACUCUUUGACAAGCGAGCAAGGGUCAAAAGAAAACAAUGAACCAGUAGUCAAUGUGGUAUUUGAUUUAGAAGGGCAUGACUCAGCAUUUUCUCAAUUACAGACAUUUGAAGUGUGGUAUUUAAAUGAGGUUACGCCGGCAAAUCUUCAGACCUCAAGUGCUAGCCACAAUCUAGAAAAUCUCCAUGUAGAAAGUUGCGAUAUAUUGGAAGUGAUAUUUUUGGUUCAGGAAACCCCUUCUACUCAAGCAUUUGAUAAGCUAAGCGAAUUGGAGUUGGGGUCGUUACCAAUGCUGAGCCACAUAUGGGAAAAGGGUUUACAAGUUAGCUCAGGCUUUGGAAACUUGAAAUCACUGUAUGUAUGGGCCGUGACAAUUUGAGAUACUUGUUUUCACUGUACAUAGCCAAACUUCUUACCUGCCUUGAGACAAUAAAAGUUUCCAGUUGUAGGGUGAUGGAGAAAAUUGUUGGAGAGGUAGAAGGAGGAGGAGAAAGUGUUGAGGAUGAAUUGACAUUUCCGCAUCUGAAUGAUAUCAAACUUAAGAAUUUACCCAAACUUGAAUCUUUCUGCUCUCAAGCUUAUACUUUGAAGUGGCCAACCUUGGAGAAAGUCGAAGUUGAUGAGUGUCCAAAUUAAAAGCAUUUGCUCCUGAGUCUCUAUAUGUAUAAGCAGCCGAUAUGUGUCUAUAAAGCGUCCACGUGGAAAGAAAAGAAGGUAUGUUUUCAAUUGAACCAAGCACUAUGGUCGGUCACUAUAAAAUCAGUAGAAGAUAUAUAUAGCUUAAUAUAUUUUCAUGAAUUGGCGUUGCUUUUUAUUUUUCCUUGCCUUAUCUUUCUUAUGUCAUUAGUCCAUCUCCACAUUUUAUUAUUAUUAUUAUUAUUAAACUUCUUUUCAGGAUUUACUAUUGUUUAAGCAUUAGAGAAUAAUUUAUAUACCAUAAUUUUGUCUCUAAAUGGCACAGAGAAGCCAUAAACCCCUGAUACCUAAGCUCUAUGUUCUUAAAGAUUAUACUACGUACCCUGAUAACACAAAUGUAA